AUGGAGACUUACUGGGUCUCGAAGACCAGCACUAACACUGGUGCUUUCAUUGUUGUGACUAUGGAGGAAGGUACUCGUUCAAAGACAAGCACUGAGCGAUGGGAAGAUGCCUUCGCAAAGCUUUCGUCAUCAAUAUCUUCUAGGUUUGAUGAGCUUCUUCAAAGAAUUACCCAGCUAGAGACUUCUCAGACGCCUCAAGGACCCUCACUAGUGUUCACGGCGGCGCCAUCAACUAGCAUGAGUUCACUCCACCGUAUAAAGUUAGAAGUCCCACGUUUUGAUGGGACGGAUCCUGCGGGGUGGAUAUUCAAGAUUUCACAAUUCUUUGAAUACCACGCAACACCAGAUCAUGAACGUCUCACGAUUGCUUCAUUCUACAUGGAGGGGAAGGCGUUAGCAUGGUUUCAAUGGAUGUACCGGAAUGGACAGCUGACAUCGUGGUCGUCGUUCCUCCACGCCUUACACACGCGAUUCUCCUCUUCCACAUACGAAGACCCCACAUGCAUGUUGUGUAAGCUGACACAGCAGUCAUCAGUAGCGGAGUACCUCGCAAAAUUUGAAUCUUUGGCCAACUGUGUCAUCGGGCUUUCGGCACCAUUUGUACUCAGCUGUUUUGUCUCGGGGAUCAGCCCAGCCAUUCGCAGGGAAGUUCAGGUAAUGCAACCUCAGUCAUUGACACAAGCGGUCUCUUUUGCAAGGUUGCAUGAGGAGAAGCUUAUGGAUGGGUGUUGUCAGAACACGCGAGUCGCAAAACUUUUUCCCUCGCAACCGUCGACACCACCCACCAUGUCUCUGGAACCUUCGUUGCUUCAGGGAGCUACCAAACCCUCACCUCCUACGAUUCCUUUUAAACGCUUGUCACCAGUAGAAUUGGCCCUCCACCGUGAGAAAGGUUUGUGCUUUAAUUGUGAUGAAAAGUUCUCACGGGGGCACAAGUGCACCACUUCGUUAUUCCUGUUUGUUACAGAUGAAGAGGAAGUGAGUCAGGAAUCAUUGUCAACAGUUUCCUGUGUUGAGGAACCACCAGCUCAGAUCAACCUCCUUGCUCUUUCCAGUUAUGGGGCUCUUGAAACCCUGCGUGUUGUCGGAGUUAUUGGAAAUCAUAAGGUUCGCAUCCUGAUUGAUGGAGGAAGUACACAUAACUUCCUCCAACUGGCCUUGCUCACUACCUUAGGGUUGUCCCCUCAGAAUACGUCUCCUCUCAAGGUGACUGUGGGAAAUGGAGAAGAACUCCAGUGUCAUCAGCUUUGCCCAGAUGUUCCGGUGAACAUCCAAGACCAUGAAUUCAUGGUAGAUUUUCACGUACUACCAAUUUGCGGCGCGGACAUGGUCCUUGGGGUGCAGUGGCUCAAGUUGUUAAGGCCCGUGCUUACUUAUUAUACUUCCCUCACGAUGAAAUUCAUCUAUUUAGGGAAACUGAUUGAGCUCACCGGAGAACGCGAUAAAAGCAUGGAACAGAUCUCCCCCUCCCAGUUGCGUCGUCUUGUACAUACAGGUAACACUAGCUCCUACUUCCAUAUCCAGUUAGAAACCGACACCACUACAACCCUACCUUCACCUUGCCAAAUCCCAGAAAUUAACCAUCUCCUCACUAAAUAUGCUCCACUCUUCAAACCUUCAAACACGUUACCUCCAUCGAGACCCACUGACCAUGCAAUCAACCUUUUACCAAAUUCAGCAUCUGUAAACACGAGCCCAUAUCGUUACCCCUAUUCUCAAAAACAAGAAAUUGAAAAUCAGGUAGCAGCUAUGUUGAGUCAAGGACAUAUCCAGCCUAGCUCAAGUCCUUUUUCUUCUCCGGUAUUACUCGUUAAGAAGCGCGAUGGUACACGGCAAUUUUGCAUAGACUACAGAGCACUAAAUGCCAUCACAGUUCGAGACCGUUUCCCUAUCCCCACGGUGGACGAACUGUUAGAUGAAUUAGGAGGCGCAACCUGGUUCUCUAAACUAGACUUGAUGCAGGGUUACCAUUAA